GAGUGUGUGAGUGAGUGAGUGAGUAAGAAAGAACGAAGAAAAGAGGGAGUGUGUGUGUACCGGAGAGGGAGAUACAUAAGUUAGGAGUAAAAGAAUCUGAAUCUGGUGUUUUUUUUCUUUUCUUUCUUUUUUCUUUUCUUUUCUUUUUUUUUUUUAGUGUGAGGGGAAAAUAAAUAAAUAAAAAAAUCGAGACCUGAUCGGGACGUCAGAGGAGGAGAAGAUCUUCUCUUUUAUAUUGCGCUUUUGGAAGCUGUUAGAAUUAAAGAGGGAGGCGGCGUUUUUAAUUUACGCUGAUCUGAUGAUCAUGACGGCAGCUGUCGAUAUGAAACCGACGUUAACAAUCAUAAAGGCUGAAAAAAUGGACGAUCCAGAGUGUGGAGAUGUCCCCCUGCUAACUCCAGGAAGUAAAGAGAUGAUGUCCCAGGCUCUGAAGGCCACCUUUAGUGGCUUUACAAAGGAACAGCAGCGACUCGGCAUUCCCAAAGAUCCUAGACUGUGGACAGAAAAACAUGUGGCUGAGUGGCUAACGUGGACAGUGAAUGAAUUCAGUCUGAAGAAUGUGGAUUUUGAGAAAUUUGGCAUCAACGGAGCCAGCCUGUGUGCGAUGGGGAAGGAGCGCUUCUUGGACUUAGCGCCUGACUUUGUGGGCGACAUCCUUUGGGAACAUUUAGAAAUGCUUCAGAAAGAGGAUACAAAGCAUUACCCCAUGAAUGGACUGAACUCUAACUUCCAGGAAUCCCGCUAUACCUCAGACUAUUUUGUCAGCUAUGGUGUUGAGCACGCUCAGUGUGUCCCUCCUUCUGAAUACUCAGAACCGGGCUUCAUCACAGAGUCCUACCAGACACUUCAUCCCAUCAGCUCAGAAGAACUGCUGACGCUCAAAUAUGAGAGUGAAUACCCUGCUGCUGUCAUCCUACGGGACACGGCCCUCAACUCCAUGCCGGGAGACUACUUUUCUGUCAAGCAAGAGGUGGUGUCACCUGACAACAUGUGUGUGGGACGCCUCAGCAGCAGAGGUAAGCUUGGUGGUCAGGACUCGUUCGAGAGCAUUGAGAGCUAUGAGAGCUGCGACCGAUUGACCCAGUCGUGGAGCAGCCAGUCUUCGUUUAGCAGCCUGCAGCGGGUACCGUCCUAUGACAGCUUUGACUCAGAAGACUACCCCGCUGCCUUGCAUGGCCACAAGCCCAAGGGCACCUUUAAAGACUAUGUGAGGGAGCGCUCAGACCUCAGCAAGGAUAAACCCGUCAUUCCAGCAGCAGCACUGGCAGGAUACACAGGCAGUGGCCCCAUCCAGCUGUGGCAGUUUCUUCUGGAGCUACUGACCGACAAGUCUUGCCAGUCCUUCAUCAGCUGGACAGGCGACGGCUGGGAGUUCAAGCUUUCUGACCCAGAUGAGGUUGCUCGAAGGUGGGGCAAAAGAAAAAACAAGCCCAAGAUGAAUUAUGAGAAGCUGAGCCGUGGCCUACGUUACUACUAUGACAAGAAUAUCAUCCACAAGACAUCUGGAAAACGCUAUGUCUACCGCUUUGUCUGUGACUUAAAAAGCCUGCUGGGGUACACUCCUGAGGAGCUGCAUGCAAUGUUGGAUGUAAAGCCUGAUACGGAUGAGUGAAAUCAGAGAUAAAAAAAAAAAAAUAAGAAAAAGGAAGUGAAGACAAAAGUUAACGAGCCACUUGGACUGGGGUUCAUAAAGUGGUCUUAACCAUUUGAUAGAAUUGGUAAACCAAUUAUUUUGGGGACCAAAAUUUUUUUUUUUUUUUUUUUUUUUUUUUAAAUGAAUAACUGUGGUCAACUUUGAGCUCCCGUCUCUCAGACCAUAUUUUAAAAAGAGGGCGCUCGCCAAAAACCUGUAUUCAUACCCUGUUGCAUUUGAGAUGUGUGUGCACGCAAGCACGCGCGCUCGUGUGCGUGUGUGCACGCACGCGUGACUUAUACUGGUGUUAUUUAGCAGCUCGAGGCAGACGAAGCGUUAUCAGGUAGACUUCAGGUUCUGUUCUGACUAAGUAGCAAAGUGGGGGAGAAUUAAGAAAGAGACAAUAAAAAAAAAGUUGGGCUAAACAGAGCGGAAAGUUCCCGCUAAGAAAACGGUUGCCAAAAAAUGCAAAAACUGAACUGAGGAAGGUAUAAUGUCAUACUUGCAUACACGCUUACUGUUUUUCUCUUUGGCAGUGACAGACUUUUCAGCUAGCACCAAAAAAAAAAGUGACUUGUAUAAAUUUCUGUUUAAGGAGCAUAUGCUUGUGCCAGUAUUAUAUCAUUGAUUACGAAAACGUCCACUGUAUAUCUGCAGGUAAGCGUUGUGAAGGGUAUUUUUUUUUUCUCAUAUUCUCAGUGAAGGUAUUACAGUGGAACCAAAUGAUGCCAAGUUUUACUAAUCUGUUCUCAUGGAGCCUUUAACUGAAAUGUGCUGAUUCGUUAUCAGACAACACUAUAGACACUGGCCCCUUACUUUGUAAGUGUGUGUGAAGACCUAGUGAGGUUACUCAUAGCAAGAGUGUCUGAAAGACAACUGAAAGUAGCCGUUGCUUUUGAAACUGACACGUUCACCUUUAUGUAUAUGUUUGCCACCUCGUUAGAGACACAUAUUGUGACUGAAACUUGUGCAUUUUUUUGCAUAUACCACCGGUAUUAGCAAACUGUCGAUGAUCUAUGUGGGGAAAUUCAGGAGUUUUAAUGUGCAGGUUAGAUGCAUAAUUUCAGUUCACUGCCCAUGUAAGCUUAGCUUUAGACAUGUUUUAAUAAUCGUGUUUGCCUAGACAGUAAAAAUCACAAGUUAAUUUGCUGAUGGAGUUAUUUUGCUGUUCUUUUCAUGUGUUAUGUUGUGCAUUUUGGCCAUAAGGAAGAGUAGUAUAGUGUGAAGGUACAGUGCAGGAAAGCGGGUCUGGUAAUAGAAAAACUUACUAUAAAAGUUGACUAUAGAGAAUCAGAAGCUUUAGGGGAUAGAUGAAGGUGAUGGAUGAUGUAGGUGAUCUCUUAUGAUGUCUAAUGGGGAAGGAUUGAUACAAGUGAUGCAAAUUAGCUUGCUUGAGACAAACAGGACUGAUGGUGGAUGCUUGCAUUUCAAUUUUAAGUUCUUUUGCAACUUACCUAUGAGCAAAAUAAUAUUGUUCAGAAUUAAUGACUGGUUACAUUUAAGCAAAUUGGCAACAGUUUCCUCCCAAACAGUGGGAACAGUGGCUGUGCGCUAGUCUUAUGGGAAAUGCCAAAGUUGAGUAUUAUAUUAGAAUACAAUGUUAUUGUUUACAGUGGCUGAAAGUUACCCAUAUGGAUGAAAAUAGCUUCUGAGAUGUCUAUUUGUACAGAUUCUGUUUCAUAAUGCUUUACUGAGAUCCAGAUUACACAAAUAAGCAAGAGACAAAGCAGGAAUAAUAACCAAAACCCAUGUGAGGUCUUUGGCCACGGUGCACCCACAAAGUUAGAAGACAGGGACCAGAAACCUCUCGUGUAUUUGUAAAAUGUUGUUUUUCAUCUUUUGUUAAUAUGUUAGAAAGCACACAGCUUAAGGACAAAGAGAAACCCCUUUGCUGAUUUUUGGUUUCCCACUGAGUUUAGAAAAGAGAUGAUGUAUGUGUUCAUACUGUCUAAGUGGUGACUCAAUAUUUCCAUAUCCAACAUAAAGAAUUGGAAGUUAAACAAAUCAGUAAGUAAUAAGCUGCACUGUAUGUUCAUUCCUCUUUUUGUGUAUGUUGACGCCAGUGUUAUUUUUUUGUUUUUGUUUUGUUUUUUUUUGUAUUCAGGUAUUUUUCCGAUGUCAGUAUUCUGUAUUAAAGUGAGCUUUAAAGAUUUAUUUUUUACCUAUUUGUAUAAAAAAAAUUUUUUUUUUUUCCUCCAACACAAAGUCAAAAUGUUAGUAUUGGCUUCGUAAGAUUAAUGUGCUCAAAGAAAACAUUUCUGUUACCUAAAAUGUUAAUAUUUUGACAUUUAUUUUGUCGGGAAAUUAUACUGUUGUUAAAUGUCAGAGUCUACGGUCUACUGCAGGUAGUAUGUAUUAAUGAACCCUAGUCAGGCAAUUGUAUACUUAACAAUAUUUUGUGGCAUAUACAUAUCUCAGAAUGGAUUCAGAAGGAAAUUGUUUUGGAUGUUGUUUUUUUUUGUAUAUUUUAUAGUGUCUCUGUAUUUUUGUUAUGAGAUCAUUUUUUAUUGUAUUUAGUUCACAAGCAUUUGAAUAUUUUUCAAUAAUUUAUAUUUUAUAAAAGACGAGAUGCAGACAGCUGGUGCUUUCAUGGGAAUUUAAAGGUAGCGCAGGACAAAAUAAUGUAGCUAAUUUCUUCUUGUUUUUAUUUUGUAAUUCUUUUUUUAUAUAGAAAAUAGACCUGUCUGCUAGAGGAAAAAAAAAGGCUGAUGCUGGCCCAUCAAUGAUUUCUGCUGGAAAGGUUUUAUAAACUGUAGCUUCUAUUUCCAAAAUGUACUUAAUGUACUUCGAAAUGUUAUAAAAUAUAUGUGAAGAAAGAUUUUA